CUCCGGUUUUUUUUCCUAUGGUUUUCUCAUAAACGUCCGCUGCUGUCCUCUUUUCAAGUACCAGUUGAUUCCCAUUGAAACCAAGGCGCGACUUGUCAAAACGCAGCUUUGAACACGUUGACCAAGCAGCAGCGGCGGCGGCGGCAGCGGCGGAUAAGAAGACCGGAGAGAGACUACCGCCUCUUUUAUAGGAUAAAUAAUCUUCUUAUUUCAUCGUUUUGUCGUCGCUGGACUAUCUUGGUUUCGUGUGCCGGUUUCGUCGGUGAAUCUUCUGCUCCAACGGCUCGGAGACGUCAGUUCCAACGGCUCGGAGACGUUAUAUAAGGCGAGUAACGGACAGAGAUGAGACCGCACGGACGUUACAGCUCAGCGGCACAAUAAUUGCAUGUUGCUGGGUUUGGGAGGGCGACGGAAAACGGCAAACCUAGAGUUGAAUUCGGUUAUGUAUCAUAUGUGCUACAUCACGUUUUAGGUUAAUUUAUUCGUUGCUAGCUAAGCUCGGAAGCUGCUGCCAAUGCUGGUCCAUUCACUAUUGUGUGCGUAUGCUUUAACUUAGCUAGACGGCUAACGAGGACGCGCUGCUGCUGCCGCUGAUGAGCCCGUGUGCGUAUAGCGGAAUGAUGAUCAGAAGAAACCCCCACCAGACAGGCGCUAAUGGCUCAGAUUAAUCGUCUAAACCCGAUAUAAUAAUUGGUUCGUGUGGGUUACCAAAUACAACCACAUAGCCGAUGUGUCUGGUCAGACCCGGUGGGCCCUGCUAUCAUUCAUAAAACUGUCCUGGACGCGAAGAAUGGGCCCAUGUCUUAAUUUGGAAAACAAAGAAUUAGGCUACUGAAUAGGUUAAGCUGGUUAGAUAAGCUUGUUUUAGCGUUUUUAGGUUAGCUAGCAAGCUGGUUGACGGAUUAGUCACACAGUCUGGACUGUACAUCUCCCUGCGCUCCCUCUGUCCCGCAAUUGGAGUAUUUUUAUUUUUUUUCCGGUUUCCACGUUGUUUUUUUUUGUUCUCUCUGCGCCGCACCACAAUGAGCAGUCACACCGGGGACGCCGGGCCGGUGGAAGUGGAGCCCAUGCCGGGAUACUUGGAUCUCAUCACCAGAGCCUCCACCGUAAUGCUGGGCGCAUGGAGAGACUGUAGUACGUGCGGCCUGGAGCUCUCCAAACAGACUCUCCUGGAUAACGCAUACAUUACCUUCACCGAAAUCGCCCUGUUCUUCUUUUGCGCCUUUUUGUGGACCCAGGUCAGGCGGGGACUGACAGAAAGUCUGUUUAAGCCUCUAGCACAGUGGUGGAGGCUGAUGCCCAAAGAUGCUGCCAAGAUGCCGGAGAGCGCGUGGAAGCUGGUCUUCUACACCAUGUCGUGGUCAUACAGCACCUACCUGCUCUUCUUUACCUCCUACUCCUUUUUCCAUGACCCGCCCUCUGUCUUCUACAACUGGAAAAGUGGUAUGUUAGUGCCUGCAGACAUCGCCAUAGCCUACCUGAUCCAGGGAAGCUUCUACGGCCACUCCAUCUAUGCUACAGUCUACAUGGACGCAUGGAGAAAGGACUCCGCUGUCAUGGUGGUGCACCACAUCAUCACACUGGCACUUAUUAGCUUCUCCUACGCCUUCAGAUACCACAACGUAGGGAUUCUGGUGUUGUUCCUCCACGACAUCAAUGACAUUCAGCUGGAGUUCACCAAGCUCAACAUCUACCUGAAGUCCAGAGGAGGAGGCUAUCACCUGCUCAACGACGUGCUGUCCAACAUGGGCUCUGUCAGCUUCAGCAUCACUUGGUUCUGGUUCCGUCUCUACUGGUUCCCUCUCAAAGUGCUGUAUGCCACAUGUGUGUCUAGCCUCCAGUCUGUCCCCAGCAUCCCCUUCUACUUCUUCUUCAACGCUCUUCUUCUGGCAUUGCUGCUCAUGAACAUCUACUGGUUCCUGUUCAUUGUGGUUUUCGUGGUGAAGGUGCUCAAGAUGAAGGAGCUGAACGAUGUCAGGGAGUACGAGGAAGAGGACGGCAGCAAGGCGGCAGCGGGUCUGCUCAAUGUCCCUCAGGCAGAAAACAACGAUGAUGGUGCUGGACAUCACAUCUCUGCCCAGGGGAAGCACGUGCAGAACGGCAUCACCAAGGACAAGCAUCUAUAACACGCUCUCCGUCGCCACCACCUGGCACUAGGCUACAAGUACAAGCAAGACGAGAUGCCCUCCUCGGACGGCUCACGCUUAAAACGUGGCUGAAGGGAAGAGUGUCACAAAAAGAAGAAGGAAAAUAGCGAGUUAGGCCACAAUGAGUUUUUACUCUUUUUAUUUGUUUUAGAACAUUUCAUUUAAUCACUGUCAUUUUGUUUUUAUUAGAGCACUGUGAAUGUUAUUUCAGGUGACUUUUUUUUUUUUUUUGUCUUACUGUUGCUAACUUUACAUUUGAUAGAUUCAGUAGAAACAAACCAGUUUGAGUGAGAGUUGGACUGGAAUUGUCACAUACAGUAGUACAGGGUGUCAUAAUCAAAACAUCACCCUGAACAGCGCCGCAGACAGGAAAAAGGUUUAGGCCUGUAGUGGUUCUGUAUACAUUUAGACCUACAGUUAACCUUUAGAAAACAAUAAGGGUGAGCUGUGUUUGCCGUCAGUGAAAUAUGUUUCCUAAUGAAUUCCUUUCCCUCUUCACUCUCUUCAACCUCCGUCCAUCCUCUCUGACUCCACACAUGAAGAGAAAAGGCUAAAAAAAAAAAAGGAAAAAAGAUUUAAAAAAAAAAAGAUUAAAAUCGGAACCUCUGCGUUGUUGUCAGUAUCGUUCUCAUGGCUGCAGAGAUGCAGGAGAGCCUUCCUGGCAUUUUGUCUGGUGCUGUUUCACCACAUGUAUUGAUUUUCAUAUCAUUGCACAAGUUAGUGGUGGCGACCACACAGCUCUGGCUGCUCUCCCUGCGUCCAUUAGGUUGAACUGAAAAGCCACUUUGGCGUGUGUCGGUAUGUGCGCGUGUUAAGUGUUUCAGGAUGUGGAGAGUAUGGAUGUAGCCGAACUUUAAGCUCAAAAUCCUUCUUUUCACAACAUUUCACCUCUCAGUCUGAUUUCUUUUAUCUCUUGUACUGAUGAUCAACACGCAUUGGAAACAUUCACUUGGCAUUCUUAUAUAGAAAUUCGUUUUAUUUAUUUUUUUUUUUUUUUUUUUUUUUUGUCUUUGUGUGUUGCAAAGCAUCUGUUGCUGCACUGAAAUGAAGGCAUACAAGCUGAUUGCUGGUUUAAUGACAGCAAAUAGCUAGAAUUGAUUGAUUGGGUUUCAGUAUCAUCCUCAUAAUUUAAUUUGUUUAAACAAUAUGAAUUUGAAUAACACUUAUAACCAGUUCGUGGGUGGUGGCGGCUAUCAGGUUCACAGAUAACUGGAACAAUAGCCCAGAACUUGUGUAAAGAUAAAAAUCAGUAUGAUUAAAAAAAAAAACAUUAUGUAUGCACACAUUAUGGUAUUCAGGAAUGCAUGACAUUGAAUGAUUUUGGAAAUAUGCUAUGAAAUUGUCUUACAAACAAACAAUGACGAAAAAAAUCCUCUAACUAUGUAAUCAUAAUGUCUUUAUUAAUGUCCUAAAAGUGAUCUUUUUUGAAGCAGCUGUGAGCACUGAACACACAUAAUGUUGGCUGACAAACAAACAAACAAACAAACCAGUGUGACCCCCCCCCCCAAUCUGGCACAAAAACGUGGGUAUUUUACAUACAUCUCAAGUCAUUCAUGAAGGGAAAGAAUGAGAUUUAAGUCUAUUUUAUCCCAGAAAUCCCACAUAUGGGAAGAUUUUUUGGUGCCAUCUGUACUUCCAACACAUUGAAUUAUACUACAAAGGGAUUUAUUUCACUUCCCUGGAUCCCACUGGUUUACUGUGUGUGUGUGUGUUAGUGGAAACAGUUGCUGCACCUGUGGAAAAUAAGGGAUGUUUCUAUUCUUCCUACCGUCUCGAUCAAAUUCAAGCUUUUGUUUCGAUGAACAGCAUGCUUGUGCUGCUGGAGCAGGCCGCAGAUGUCGUCUGUCCGUAGGAGAAGCGUCUGUCUGUUUUAGUUGAUCUUGUUAGUUGGUCUUCCAUGAUCGGAAGUUCAAACUAACUUUUAAUUUUACAUUAAACUAUCACUAUUAUUGCUGUAGUUCAGGAUAUUAUUGUUGAUUUGUUUUUGGAAUUGCUGCUGUUUUUUUGUUGUUGUUUUUUUUUCCUCUGAGAGCACUGUUGGUAUUCCAGUUGUGUUGGGUUUUUUUCUGCUGUGUAUGAGUCGGUGAUAGUCUGCUCAAAUCAGAUGUUUCCAGGGACCAGGGAGAGUCGUUUUUGUACAUCUGGAUUUAGUCUCAGAUUCUCUUCCUUUUUAAUCUGAAUGCUGGCUCGCACUAAUUUUUACUGUAGUCAUUAUACAUCUGUACUGUAAGUAACAUGGUUUAUAAAACAUGUUACUGUGUGUAAUAUAUCAGACGUUCAGAGUCCCGUGGCUGACUGGUUUUACUAGCAUGCUGAUAUGGAGGAAAGUGAGCUCAGAGAUCCUUCCUGCUCAACUGUGAGACUAGAUUAUCCAUAGUUUGCUGAUAUUUUUGUUAUAAGAUGACAGGAGUGAAGUUCGCAGUAGAACCACAAAGACCUGUGGUCUGGAUUAGGUGUGACGCUUCCCUAAAGUCUGGUAUGGUACUGUGUCCUCCACCUCUCUGUUGGACCCCCCUCUCUCAGUCCUGUGACGUGUAAGUGAGUAACUACUUCCAGGGGCUGGGCGAUAUGAAGAAAUAGAACCAUCAGACAAUCUAAAUUCACUGUACUGUUUAUAACGUGGUGUGUAUCCUUUUAACAUCUCUGGGUGUGUUCAGCCAUUGUGGGGGAGAGUUGUAAAUCAAUGAGCUGUUUUAAUGGCAAUAUUGGAUUUUAUAUAUUUUUUUGCAUCUGAAGUACUUUGUCUUUUCAGGUAUUUACUACCCAAAAACAGCUGCAGCAACUUCCAGAUGUGCACUAGAUUAGGCUCAACAGAUCUUGAUCUGUAUCAUAAUAAAUAAUGUAUAUUGGGAGAGAGGAUUUUAUCCAUGUCGCCCACCCCUAACUCAAACCCACAAGGGACGAAACUAUCUGAAAUUGAAGGGAAAACUUUUUGAGGCUGUCAGUUUAUUUUUCUUUCUGUAUGGAUUUGGCUGAUUCUUAUUUAAAUGCUUGAUACAACCGUGGCCUACAUUUCAGGUCAUCUUUGUUUUUUUUUGAAGUUUUUCGGAAGGACGUGAAGCUCGGUUCAGUCAGACAACUCACCUGGAACGGAAUUAUGUGAAUGUACAGAUUUGAUGUUUGAUGUCUAGGCUCUGACCUCGUCACUCCCCAACGUGCGUACACCGAGAUCAGCACGCAGGAGAUCCCGGGAGUGACGAUGAAAUGAUGAAGCAGCGUUGGCAAACCGAUGAGUAUAGCAGCGGCAUUGACGAGGCUGUCUUAUCGGGGAAAAGGCUGUUGUGGGUUUUUGUGUUGCAGUGAGUAGAGAAGAAGUAGGAAUAUUUGGCGUCUAUGCUCUGACCUCGUCGCUCCCCGUUUCCGUACAUCACGAUCAAAAGAAAUCCAAGAAGUGCAGAUAAAAGAAGCAGUGUUCAUAAACUGAGAGGAAUAUUUCAAAGGCUACAGUGUGUCAAUUUGUGUCGAGUACAGCAUAGGACGUAUUUUGGUGUGUAGGCUCUGACCUCGUCACUCCUCGUUUGCAGACAUUAAGAUUAGCACAAAGAAGAUCAGGGAGAGACGAUGAGAUGAGCAGCGUUGACGGGGCUGCUGUACUUCAAAGGCUUGUAGCGAAUACGACUUGUCUGCCUGAACUGGCCCGUAGGCUUCGCUCCACCAUGACACUAAGUAUCCUCACGAAUGGUUUGAUUGUGCCAAAAUGUCCACCCAAAUUAUGAGGCAAGUAUUUGUGGGAACUGGUGACGAGCGAAGAGGAGAGCUAGUAGAGACCGACGGGCAGGAGAGCCCUGCAGGUAUUUCUUAUAAAUUGCACUGUAAUUUAUUAGUAUUAUUUUUAUUGUUCAUUAGUAGAUCAAAAUUAGAAAAAGGGAAGGGAGAAUUUGGGAAUUUUUAUGACUUUCUUGGAAGAAUCAGUAACUAAAACUUAUUAAUUGAAAGUGUAUUUUAAUGAUACAUGUUUUUUUGGACCAUUGAUACUUGCUGUGAGAGAUACAAAUUGCCCCGUUUUUUUCAAACUGAAUUUGACCACUUGAUAAAGACGCGUACUUGCUCUUUUGUAAUGCAAUUUUAAUACCAUUCAGCCAAUGUUAACGUUUCAUUUUUUCCCAUAAAAUAAAACAUGUCAGUAAAAAAAAAA